GAGCCGGAGAUCUAGGGUAACACCGCACCCCUUGUAUCAUCCUCGAACACAGCGCCGCACACGGUGUCCUUUCAAACAUCGAGACACGUAGUCAUCUCUUCUGGCUAUAUAAUAGUCCUACAUGCCACCAGCGUCUUCUAUACCACCGCCAACCUCAGCCGUUCUGUCAUACAACCGAAUUUUCACUGUUUCUUGUCGACAUGCGCUUCGCGCUCGCAUUCGCCGCUGCUUCCACGACCCUUGCCAAUGCGUUCAACCUCUCGUCCGACACUCUCACGGACCGUUCUAACUCCACGGGAUUAAGGUUCCCUCCCGAACUGGAGAACACAGCUGCAUGGAUAAUCUGCGGCCACUUUCUUUUUAAAGAUUUCGGGAACAGAGAUUCUCUUCCUGCCUCGAGGGGAAUCUACGACCCGUGGUAUAGGAACACUACUACCUCCACUUAUUAUCUCGUUGUGGCGGCGAACUUCCCAUAUAGCUUAGCUGUUCCUGCCACCAAGUUAAGCAACGAAACAUGUAUGGAGGGGUACAGGGGUGCCUUGAACGCUCUUGAGCUCCAUAAGGAUGGUCUUCUCUGGGGAGCGUACGGUGUCUGGCCCUGGUCUUUCUUUCUUCAUAUUUGGGAGAAAGAUCAUCUACCGAAGUGGUCGAUCGACUGGAUGAACGGUUCUGCACAUAACGGCUAGGAGUGCAUUUUGAUAUACAGUACCUCUUGCACGAAAGGCUUGAGGAAUUUCCAAUCAUCACACUAUCGCUCCUGUUGUCGGGAUUGUAGCG